AGAUGCGCGCGGAGCAAGUUGACCUGCUGGACUGCAUUGGAUGAAGUGAACGUUUGGUUGCUCAAUAAUAAACAUUUGCUAUGGCAGUAACAGCCGCUGUAAAAGCGACUGACACUGUAACACCACUAUUGUGUCUCAGUUCAUCCAAGGUGAGCGUGAGGCUUUGAAACCACUCUGAGCUGUGAGCUUUCAUGGAGGAUAUUUGACAUUAUCUUGCACAAACCCGAGCUAAACGCGGCUGCACAUUGUGACAGGCUCCCACCAGCAGCCUCUCAGGACAUUAGUCCCCUUUAAACAAUUAUCUGGUAGAGCUUUCAGGAAAUUACCGACGAACAACAAUGUGCUCGGUAAUAAGCAGGGUGAAACCGCUCCAGCGGGUUCUGGCUGUCACGCUUCGCUUCAGAGGAAUCGCCGAGGGCUCGAGUUACGCUGCGGCCGAGAGCAGACGCCUCUUUCCCGGUGUCAGUGCUGACAUUGAUCCGAUAAGAGCUACCAGGAAGUCGUACUGCUCCAGGAUGGCGCUGGCCGGAGGACCGCUCUUCAGACAACUGUUUGAGUGCGAGAGCAGCACCUACACCUACCUGCUGGCAGACACAGAGACCAAGGAGGCAGUCAUCAUUGAUCCAGUUCUGGAGACCAUUGACAGGGACCUGAAGCUAAUAGAGGAACUGGGGCUUGAUCUAAAAGUGGCAGUGAACACCCACUGCCAUGCAGACCACAUCACAAGCACUGGGCUGAUGAAGAAAAGACUGGCUGGACUGAAGAGUGCAAUCUCCAAAUUCAGUGGUGCUGCUGCAGACAUACACCUGAAAGAGGGAGACAAGAUCACCUAUGGAAAACAUUAUCUGACAGUGAGAGAGACACCGGGACACACUGAUGGGUGUGUGGUGCUGAUCACAGAGGAUCAGAGCAUGGUUUUCACUGGGGACGCUCUACUCAUCAGAGGCUGCGGCAGGACAGACUUCCAGCAGGGCUGCGCCAAGAAGCUCUAUAAGUCAGUCCAUGCGAAGAUCUUUACUCUGCCAGACCAGUGCCUUGUCUACCCAGCACAUGACUACAAAGGUCAGAUGGUGUCUACAGUCGGUGAGGAGCGCAGGUUUAACCCACGCUUGACCAAGAACCUGGAGGAGUUUGUGAACAUCAUGAACAACCUGAAUCUCCCCAAGCCUCACAAAAUUGAUAUUUCAGUGCCUGCCAAUCUGGUUUGUGGAGUACACGAAGUCUGAAUGUCCAGCGAAAAGGAGCAUUUUAAUCAAAUCAAGAAUUCAUAUAAUCACAAUCAACCUUAUUGGCCAGGUAUGUGUACACAUACUGUACAAGCCAUUUUGGUUUUUGCAUAUAGCAAAGUGAUUAACAUUUACACAUUUGUAACUGAGCUGAAUUAAACAAUCUCUGUCAUUAAGUGCUUUAAUGUCUGUAUUUAUGUAAAUGUAAAGAUGCAUAUUUGAAUAGCUGCUGCCAUGUGGAGUGAAGCUGCUGACAUCGCUGUGAUGAUGCUAAAAAUGAAAAUGAUAUCAGUUUUAUUUUAACUGUUAGAAAUGAAUGCUAAAGAUCUGCUUAUGAAGAAAGACCACUAUUAACAUAUAUUUUUUUGUAUUUUCAUUAAAUUUAAAUAUGGCUGACUCUA